AUGGCUGUAGCCAACAAAACCAGAAAUAUGCUUGAAGGUUUGGUAAAAGAAGGAUCUUUUAAAUGGUUGCUUGGCAAGAAAAGUUACUUUGGGGAAGAAUUUGAAGAGAUGGAAAAUUCUCCUUCUGCUGGGAAGAAUUUUAUACGAGAGCUGUCUCCUAUUGCAAACAUAGUUGUUCGUAGAUGCUCAAAAAUCCUUAGGACCUCUUCAAGUGAUCUUCAGGAGAGCUUCAAUCAGGAGGCUUCUGAUUCUAUUAAGCAUCCAUCACGAUAUGCAAGGAACUUAUUGGAAUAUUGCUGUUUCAAGGCCCUUUGCCUGAUAACACAAAUGACUGGUCAUCUCUUUGACAAAACAUUCCGGCGAUUGACGUAUGACAUGAUGUUGGCUUGGGAAGCCCCAGCUGCUGAAAGCCAACCCUUAACUAAUAAGGUUGAUGAAGAUGUAUCUGUUGGUUUAGAAGCUUUCUGUCGAAUAGCCCCUUCAAUUCCUAUCAUUGCCAAUGUCAUCAUUAGUGAAAAUCUUUUUGAGGUGCUGAGUUCAUCCACUGGUGGUCGCCUUCAGUUCCCCAUCUAUGACAAGUACCUCAGUGGCUUAGAAAGGGCUAUAAGAAAAAUGAAGAGCAAUUCAGAAUCGUCUCUCCUGGCUGCUAUAAGAUCCUCUAGAGGUGAGAAGAUUCUUGAGGUUGAUGGAACAGUCACAACACAGCCGGUCCUUGAGCAUGUAGGAAUAUCCACCUGGCCUGGAAGGUUAAUCCUGACAGAUCAUGCACUUCAUUUUGAAGCACUUCGCGUUGUAUCAUAUGACAAACCAAAAAGAUAUGACUUAUCAGAAGAUCUUAAACAAGUUGUUAAACCUGAGUUGACUGGACCAUGGGGUACUCGACUUUUUGACAAGGCAGUCUUUUAUAGCUCGUCAUCCCUAUCAGAACCAGUUGUACUAGAGUUUCCAGAACUCAAAGGUCAUGCACGUCGUGAUUAUUGGCUAGCUAUCAUCCGAGAGAUUCUAUAUGUUCACAAAUUCAUAAGCAAGUAUAGAAUUAAAGGGGUUGCACGGGAUGAAGCACUUUGGAAGGCUGUUUUAGGAAUUUUGCGUUUACAAGCUAUUCAGGAUAUUAGUUCCACGAUUCCUAUACAGAAUGAUGCUCUUCUCAUGUUUAAUUUAUGUGAUCAGCUUCCAGGUGGAGACUUGAUAUUAGAAACCCUUGCAGAUAUGCCAAACCUAAGACAGUCGGAGCAUGAGAAUGGUUUCAAGGGUGGUAGUGGAAUGUAUUCUAUCUCAGCCUUGGACAUGGUUUCUAACUUGGGAUUUGUAUUUGGAGCAAGUUCAAACAACUCAAAUGAGAGCAGGAUUGCUGUGGGUGAAAUAUCUGUUGGAGAAAUGACUGAAUUGGAAAUAGCUGUUAAAGAAUCUAAGAACAAUCAUAAAAAGGUUAUAUCUGCACAAGCGACAGUUGAUGGUGUUAAAGUUGAUGGUAUUGACACUAAUUUGGCUGUCAUGAAGGAGUUACUUUUUCCUAUAAAUGAACUUGGAAAGUCUCUCCAAUCUUUGGCAUAUUGGGAUGAUCCGUGGAAGUCUUUAGGGUUUUGCUUGUUUUUCAGUUACAUUAUUUACAGGGGUUGGCUUCCGUAUGCAGCAGCACUGGUAAUUGUGUUACUUGCAGUUUUUAUGAUAAUUACACGAUGUUUUAGCCAUGGUAGGUCAGUUCCUGAAGUUAAAGUAAUUGCCCCUCCUCCAAUGAAUACAAUGGAACAGCUUUUGGCUGUUCAGAAUGCUGUCUCUCAGGCUGAACAGGUCAUCCAGGAUGGCAACGUAAUUCUGCUCAAGUUUCGUGGCUUGUUGCUUGCCAUUUUUCCUCAGGCUACAGAGAAGUUGGCAUUUGGUCUUCUAUCAACAGCCCUGAUUUUGGCUUUCUUGCCUUCGAAAUACAUAGUUCUGCUACUCUUCUUGGAGAUUUUCACAAGAUAUUCGCCUCCAAGGAAAACUAGCACUGAGAGAUGGACGAGGAGAUUAAAGGAAUGGUGGUUCAGCAUACCAGCAGCUCCUGUUACCCUUGAAAGAGAUAAAGAGGAAAAGAAGAAAAAAUAG